GUGUGUUCACCAACAGAAAAUGGAGUGCAAAGAAAUGACAUUUAAUUCUGUGGAAGAGUUCUUUCUGUGGAAGGAACAGAUGGAAGCUGAAGAGAAGGUUUCCUUCAUAAGACCAAGGGGAAAACAGAAAUGUGAUUAUUUUGUUUGCCACCGUUCUGGAUAUGUUGACAAAACAGCUUCAGGCAGAAGGUUAAGGGAACCUUCAAUCAAAAUUGGCGGCACGUGCCCUGCCUGUUUGGUAAUAAAAAAGGUGUCAUCUAACAUGGUUAAUGUCAAGUUCUACAGGACACAGUCUCUCUGUGGGUAGCCUACAUCUGACCACAGCUGACAGGGCAAUGGUUGCUGAAUUAAUUGCACAAGGUGUUCCUGAUACUACAAUUUUGAAGAAAGUGAGAGAGAGCAUUCAAGUUGGACUCUUCAGAAGAGUUCAUCUUUUAAGCAAACAAGAUAUUAGAAAUAUUAGGAAAGAAUACAAGUUGGACGAUAGUAGUGCACACCAAGAUGAUGCAACCAGUGUUGAUCUGUGGGUGAGACAACAAGAGCGCCUAGGGAAAGAUUCCCCGGUGAUUUAUUACAAAGCCCAAGGCACUGAGGAUAAUGGAAACAAAUUAUCAGAAAGUGACUUUAUGAUAGUCCUUAUGACUAUCAGCAGAAAAUGGCAAAAAAAUUCUGUGCGGAAAAAGUUUUGAUAGACAGCACACAUGGCACUAAUAAGUAUAAAUUUUAUCUGACCACACUGUUGACCGUGGAUGAAUUUGGUGCUAGAUGUCCAGUUUCUUAUUGCCUCAGUACAUAUACUGACACAAGGUCCAUGCAAGUUUUCUUUGAGCAGAUUAAAAAAUGUAUUGGAAACAUCAAAACAAAGGUAUUCAUGUCUGAUGACUGUGACUGCUACUACAGUGCCUGGAGUGUAGUUAUGGGCCAUAGUGAACAUAGGUUGUUAUGUACCUGGCACGUUGAUCGGGCAUGGAGACGGAAUAUAUGUGCAAAAGUAAAUGGGAAUGCAAUGCUGAAGAGUACUGUAUACAAAGCUCUGAAAACUUUGCACUUACAGACAGAUAGAGAGAAAUUCUCAGAGCUGCUGGAUGGCUUUCUUACUUGGUGUGCAGAGGAGGAAGGAACUGAGGAGUUUGGCAAGUACUUUAAAGAUAGAUAUUCAUGGAGGGCGCAUAUGUGGGCAUACAGCUACAGAAUUGGACUUGGCCUUAAUACAAAUAUGUUCUUAGAAGCAAACCAUAAAACUCUUAAAUACUCAUACUUACUGAAGAAAAUAAAUAACAGAGUAGAUAAAUGUAUCCAGGCCCUGUUGCACAGAACGAGGGACUCACUUUUUCAAAGAUUAAUAAGGCUUUGUAAGGGGACAGAGAGAACUACACGCAGUGCUGAAAUAAGUAAGAGUCACAGAAGAGGUUGUGGUAUCAAUAAGGAACUGAUACACUGCGUUGAAGAUGGCACAUGGCAUGUAUACACCGUUUCUGAUUGGCCCCCAUAUACUGUCACCUAUACAGAGAACUAUUGCACUGCAUGCUCAUUGUCCUGUACUGAGUGCAAGAUCUGUGUGCACAGUUGUGUGUGUUCUUGCACAGACAAUUUGAUCAAGGGUAACCUCUGUGAACACAUUCAUGCAGUGGAAAUCAGCAAAGGAACUGUAAAGCUCCCUAUGCAAGACAGGUUCUGCAGAGAGUCAUCUGUGCAGGAGUUGACACAAAUAGUUGCUCAGCAGACUUCAGGUGCUGGCAGCACUGUUGACUACCGAGCUGCUUUGGAAGACAGGCUGACUAUUGUGCAACAAUUAGCAAGAAGUGCUAACAGUGAAGCUGCUGGCUCUCUCCUUGUGUCAUUUGAUAAAUUAAUUAAAGAAAUGAGGGCAGGUAUUGCAUCGCAAAAAGAACUCGUUGGUCCACAUUUUCCAGUAACUUCAGCUCCACCAAAUGAGACAUGCAGGAUUCAGAGACAGUUCCAAUCAGUAAGGAAGACAUGUGAAAAGAAGGAACAUUCAUUUGCAACACCAUCCUGUGCAGAAAUUGAGACCAUUAUACAAGACCUCUUGGGAAGGGGAAACAGUAGCUGAGACCAUGUAUAUGCAAAAGACAAGUAAGGAAACCAUCCAGUAGCUCUGAGAUUUUUUUUUUUUUUUUUUUUUUUUUUUUGUGCGCUUGGAAGUGCAGGUUUUUCAGCACAGUGUACACAGUACUCUUCAACAUUGAAUUGCCAUUUAUGUUUUGCGCAUGUCCUCUGACUCCACUUCUGGCCAGCAUGCAAGGCACACAACCUGUGGUCAGUAUAAACCACAACUACACUCUCCUGGAAUUGUAGUAGCUGUCACAAUCACUAAACUGUAUUGAUAAAAGCUUUGAUGAUGAGACUGUCGUCUUGUGUUUGGUGUUUCUAGUAAACUUUUGUAUCUGAUCUAAGAAAAACCUGCAUAGACCACGCUUAGUGUAUGUAGUGAGGCAGUAAAUAACGGGAUCUUGCACCAGAUUCAUCCACAAUCAACAGUGGUGUUACACAGCACAGUUGCACUAAUAGGUAUAAUUUCUUCUCAAGAUUGUAGCAUUAGAACACCAUAUGCAAUUAACUCGGGAACAUUUGCUCUUUCAGCUGUAGGCUACCAACAGAGAGAUUGUGCUUUGUGCAUGCUAUAUAGAACUUUACACUAACCAUGCCAUAUUACAUCCUGUAAAACUAUGAAAGAGGCACCACAGCUGCGACCAUAUUCUGAAUGGGAUUGCCCUUUACCUUUUGACUGAGCUGCUCAUUACAUUACAUUAAAUUAAUACUUAUUCCAUAGUUCAUGAAUACUACAUUUAAUAGUGGAAUGUUAUUGUUACAGUUUUUUUUACAGUUACUACUUCAUAUGCAAAAAUCAUAUCAAAAAAUUCAAAUGUUGUUUGGCUAUCAGACUUUUAAUGCUAUUAGGUAAAUGAACAAAGAUUUUUGUGGCAGUGUAAUUCACCCCUUUUCAUCCCAAAGUCAGAUAUAACCCACAAUAGUGAAGAUCAUACUUUAUUUUACUGUUAUAGCUAUGCACUUUGCUGUUAUUUUUGAAUUGGGAUGAAUUAUUAACAACAAAAAAAUUCAUAAGUGAAUAUUUGUUUAGUGAAGGUUCUGUGAAUAUCCUGAGUUCCUUAAAUAAAGGUCUGCAAGCUGAUCUUAGAUGGACUGCAGGCAUUAUUCUGAUUUGCACUUCUGUGCGAUGAAUACUUUCUCUCUUAAUGAUGAAUUACCGCAAAAUGUGACAGCAUAUGAAAGCAGUGAAUGAAAAUAGGCAUAGUAAGCUAAUUUACUGGUACGCCUACCACCAAAAUUUGCAAUAACCCUAAUAGCAUAAGUUCGAAGCCUAAAAACGAGUUACCCCCACAAGUUUGUGCCUGCUCCCCCACCCACCCCCCCCCCCUCAAGAUUUUGCUUUUCACCCCUUUGCUAUUCAGAUGCUGGCCAUGCCUUGUAAAGUCCCACCUACCAAUGCUUCAACAGGAACCAAACCUAUGCCUGACUAUGUAGUUGCCUGAAGCAGAUGAUCUAGCUGCAUAUUGACCCUCCUGACGGAGCUGUUCAGUUGGGCCAUCAUACUGCAUAUAAGCAGGAACCAAGUCAACAUUAGUAUCAUUCAUUGCAGAUGGUAUUGGUACCUGUUAUCUAAUUUUUCCACAAGGUCUGGCCCAUGCCUCUCCCAUAGUUGCUAGUUAGCAGGACUUUCCUCCUAUGUUCUACUAUUUUUAUUUAUUUAUUUUUGAAACAGUUGGUUUCCUGGUGGAAGUGUUGAUAUAUCCUCUGUCCAGAUUUAAUUGUAAGGAUUUCUGUUAACUAUGUAAUUUUAUUAUGAAAUAUAAAAAAAAAGUUUCUUAACUGAUUAUUCGUGUUGUAUUGGGAUUGGCUGACAGUAAAGCUUUUGUUUUUCAUAAUGAGUUGCAGAGAAAGAAUGAUGAUGUAUAGCAUCUCAUGAGAUAAAUCACUAAGUAAUCCUGUCACAUAAGUAGAAUAGUGUUUAACUUAAGGAAUGUAAAUGUCACCUAGAAGCAUUGUCAUAUCCUUUAUUUCCAGUUGAGUACAAAGAUAAAUUACCCACUAUUUCCAAAUGUUUCACAUCUUUUUGUUGAAUUGUACAUAUGUCCUUGUCUUGUUGUAUAUGUCUGUUCAAGGUUUUUCCUUUAGCUGGUGUCUGUCUAUAAUAAUGUGGGUUCAUGUACAACAUGAUGGUUGUCAUAUAUUUAUACUCUUUUUGAUUUUUGGGAAUGACUGGUGUAAUGUUUCCCUCUGUUUCUUAAGAUAUGUUUUCUUAUGUUUAUGAAAGAUUUCAAGCAUUUUUGUUACUUAUGUAUGUAAUGGAAAUGUGUCCUGA